GCCAAGAGAGCCGGCAAAAGCGCUGUCUGGCAGCGAGGAUGGCCGCCCACGAGCCGAGGUGACACCUCGCGCUUUCGAAUAGCUCCACCGAUCCCUCCCGGGACGCAUAGUACGCGAGGCGGGCAGCUAAGGCGGGCAGCAUGGUGGGGCUGCCUCUCUGGCUGCUGCUGGCCGCCUGUGGAGCCGUCGACCUCGACACGGUCUUCUUCGAUGGUGUGGAAGCGGAGCGCUCCUACGACUACGACCUCGGAAGAGAUAUUCUUGAUGUUGCGUCGACCGGACUGCCUCAUCAUAAAUUCGACGUGAGCUUCGAGCCCGGCGUGCCUGUAGCGUUCACAGCGACGUUGCCACUUCCAGAAGACUACGUCCAGCGCGGCGUGGCCUUCGGCGGGCGGCCCUUGCCUGAAGGUCCUAUUGGCGUCGCGGUUAAUGGCGUCGCGAUAUAUGCCUAUAAUACGAAUCUUACGAAAAGAGACGGCUGCUUCGGCCACAAGAUUGGUGGAGCCUAUGUUUAUGUGGAGGCCUUCCCCUGCCUUUUUGGAGACGACCGUAAUGAGUAUCACACGGUGAGAGAAGCUGCCUAUAUAGGCUUCGGCACGUCCGUGCGGCCCGACGGCACGGCCGCCGCGGAUCCCCGCAGUAGGUUUUUUCGAAGCGGCGUCAUUGGGGUGAUGAACGACGGCUUUCCGCUGUACGGGCCGGUCGACGAGCACGGCAACAUCCAUCAAGGUUUAGAUGAAUGCGGCGGCAAAUAUGACAAUGAAGGAGAGUACGCCUACUACGCGUCCCUGGAACCGCCCUACACGAUCGCCUGCUUCGGUCCGGGCUACGCGGCGACGCCUCCGAGUCCCAUCAAGGACGCCGUGCCGCGUACGGCGAACGACGACGCCGCGCCGGCCUGCCCCGCGGGCGCAAUCGCAACGUCGAAAGGGUGCACAAACUGCCCGGCCGGGCGGUACGCCAAAGAUGACGGGUGUACUGGCACGUGCCCGCCCGGCCACUACUGCCUCGAGGGAAGCGCGGGUCCCGAGGCGGCGGUCGAGUGCCCCGGCGGUGUGUUUGGCGACGUGCGCGGUUUGAGAGAUGCGACAUGCGCGGGACCGUGCCCGCCCGGGUCGUUCUGCCCCCGCGGGUCCCUAGAACCGCGGCCGUGCGGCAGUGAAGAUAGGUACUGCCCGGCCGGGAGCAGUGCGCCCAUCCUGGCGGACGCCGGCGCCUACACGACGCCUCAAAUGGCUUCCGCGUGGGCGCAUCCUGAAGCGCCGUACUGCAUGGCCUCGGAGGGAGCCAACUGCACCGCCGCCGCGAUCGCGUCCCGACCCCUCGCGCCGCGCCAGACCGGGAUUCAACAAUGCGAGCCGGGCCACUUCUGUACCCAGGGAAUCAAAUUCCGCUGUCCGGGUGGACGGUACGGGUCCGAGCAUCAUUUGAAGACGCCCAACUGCACCGCGGCGUGCCCCGCGGGGACGUACUGCCCCGAGGGAUCCCUCGAACCUUCGCUAUUGCCGGCGGGGCGCUACUCGCCGCGCAAGGAACUUCGGUCGUUUGAUGACGCGUCGCUGUGUCCGGCCGGCUCCUACUGCCCGCCCGGCAGCAGUGCAUCAAUACAUUGCCCGGCGGGCCGCUUCGGCGACCGCGUUGGCUUAAAAUCGGCGGCGUGCCCCUCUACCAAUUCGGAUGGCGACGCGCCGUCGCAGUGCCCCGCGGGCUACGUCUGCCCGAGCGGCACGGCCGUUUCUACGUCCAUUAAAUGCGGCAGCCCCAAGGCCCUGGAUUUGUUGGAGGCGCUCGAGCGCAACGCACCAUUACCAGAAAGGGGGGAGACGACGCGUGGAGGCGGCCUCGGCGCGGCGGCCUUCUGUCCGCGCGGGUCGGCGGCAGCACGACGCGUGCGCCGUGGGUAUUAUUCUAUCGGUCCCUCCACAAAACCGCGGUCAGUUAGCGAAGACACGGAUCUCAAUAUUCGGAGGGACGAGGUCCGAUGCGAGGCGGGCCACUACUGCGUUCAGGGCAUUAGAAAACCUUGCCCCGCGGGCAGAUUUGGUGAUGUAGAAGGCUUAGAUAACGCGCGGUGCUCGGGCCCCUGCGCGCCGGGCUACUACUGCCCGACCGGCUCCUCGUCAAAAAAUGAACACGCCUGCGGUGGGCCGGAGGUCUACUGCCCCGUCGGGAGUCCAGCACCAUACCCCGUUGGGGCGGGCAACUACUCCUCCGUCGAUAUAGACGAGUACGAAAAUGAAGAUGGCACACUCGUCCCCGCCUCCACCAACAUGGCAUCGACAGUGGCAGCAGAUGCGCGCGCGUCGCAGCGCAUCUGCGAGCCGGGCUACUUUUGCGAGGGCGGCGUGCGACGACCUUGUCCGGCGGGCCACUACGGUUCCGAUAGAGGUCUUUCGGCGAGGACAUGCAACGGGAAAUGUCCCCCGGGCAUGUGGUGUCCUGAACGAGCAACAGCCGCAUUACCGACGCGCAACGGCAGCUACUGCGCGACGGGGGGCUGCACGACGGAGGAGGGCGACGGGCCCUGCGAACCCGGCUACUACUGCCCCCGCGGGUCGUCUAGCAGUACCCAACGGCCGUGCUGCGACGCUAGGAGGGACGACUUCACGGGAUUAUGGUAUACAUUUAAUGGGAGAGGCUUCGGGACGUCGAAUGACGUCGAUGUUAUUUUGCUGGUGGACAACGAAGCCGAGUGGGGCCACUCGUUCCACCCGCCGCCGGGCGAAGUUUAUGACUACGACGGGUUCCACCAGCACGCGCCCGCGCGGUUAGCUAGGACUUGUGAAACGCUCUUCUGUCCGCGCGGUUCGGCCGCGCCAAGAAACGUCUCGGAGGGCUACUACAGUACAGGUGGGAAUCGAACGACGCGCCAUGGCCAGGCGAAGUGCGACGGCCUCGAGAACCGGCGCCAGACGCACCGCAUCGGAUUAGAUCGAGCUCCUUAUUGUGCCACGACGGUGCAGGGUGGUUCACAUGCCCCAGGCGUGGACGACGAGACUUAUGGCCAGGGGACGGCCGACGGCUUGCAUGAUUCCGCGCGCGCCUGGCAGCCGCCCCUGUUCUUAGGGUUGAAGGGCAAGGCGCACAUCGUCGGAAACGACCAGACGGAGUACGAGUGGGCGCCGCUACCGGAGGACGCGCCCUCCGAAGCGUGCUGCACGUGUUUGAAUAGGGGCGCGUUCAAUUUAUGUCAUGAGUGCCAGAGCGUGUGUCGGACGGCGUGCGACGUCGAGGCUGCGACUUGUGCUUCGCUUUUUCCGCGACUGCUCAUUGACGUCGCGUCGUAAAUUUCCUCAGUAUAUUUACUACCCCGCGUCGAUCGCCUUCUGGGCGUCCG